GGGAUGAAGCAGCUGUGCUGUUCUUGUCUGUUGUGGCUUGGACUCCUACUGACUCCUUUCUCCAGGGAAGAGGAAGAGGAAUCCAGACCCAGGAAGCUGUGCGGCAGGCACCUGCUGAUAGAAGUUAUAAAACUCUGUGGCCAAAGUGACUGGAGCCGGUUCGAGAUGGAGGAGCAAAGUCCUAUGACACAGUUCUUUCCCCACUACUCACGCAAGGGCAAAGCCUUCAACCCUCACCCUUCUUCCUCCGCCUGGAGAAGAUUCACAAACCCAGUCCCUGCAGGCGUCUCUCAGAAGAAAGGAACACACACUUGGGAGCCUCAGUCACUGCCCGACUAUCAGUUUGAAAAGACGGAGUUGCUUCCUAAGGCAAGAGUGUUUUCAUACCACAGUGGCAAGCCCUAUGUUAAGAGCGUACAACUUCAGAAGAAAAGCACGAACAAAAUGAAUACCUUCAGAAGUUUAUUUUGGGGGAAUCAUUCCCAAAGGAAACGCAGAGGCUUUGCAGAUAAGUGCUGUGUGAUAGGAUGCACCAAAGAAGAGAUGGCCGUCGCGUGCCUCCCCUUUGUUGAUUUUUAAACCUUAACGAUUAAUCAAACAUCACUGGUGAUAGAGAUGUACAAACUGUCGUAGGAACUAUGCUCGCUUAAUAAAAGCUUA